GCAAGAGCUGGGAAAUUUGGCGAUUUUAAGGCUGAAAACUUGGUUAAAUCAGGUUUAAUUUGCAUUUUAAUUAUCCAGGUAUGUAGAGCAGCUAGUAAUUAAUAUUCUGUACGGUCAGAAUUUCGUUUUGCGUCCAAUUUUAUUAAUUUUGGCAAAUAAUUGGGAUAUUGCAGUUUGUAUAAUUUUUACUACUUUUGGACCCAACGAGCCUAAGGAUAUCUCUGAUAAGGCAAGUUCUUCUUACCUAUCUCGUCGUUUCUUUCGUUGGCGAUUUAUUGGGCCUUCCUUCGUUUGUUUCGGCUAUUAAUUAAAUAUGAAGUUUUAAACGGUUAGUUUAAGAUUUAAUUUAUUAAAUGGAUCUCGUGGGUUUUAUUUGUUGGUUGACUACGGGGGUUUGUGCCACCCCCCUGCCUGUUGGGAAUGAUGCCGUACUCACCCAGGACUAGGUUCUUAGCGGUUCGGGUAUUAAUUGGAUUUUUUGGUUAUUUUCUGGCUGGAGCGGUUGUGCAGUGGGGGCUAGGAUCGAUGGUUCGGUGACGGAGUGACUGUCGUACGGACUACCUUAGGCCGCCGGCGAGUCUCUCCUACCCACUAACCGUUGACCGGUGCCAAGCACUGCUAACUUGCUUAGCCGUUAUGUGAUUAUAGCAUGCCUGCUUAUAUUUUAUUCUCGUUGCAUGGCUUGAUGUGCACAUGGAUACGGGCUGCAUGUUGGGAUUAACAUGAUUUGGUUAUGCUUGGUCACGGGCAUUUUAGCUUGAUUAUGAUGCAUCCAGCACGGGCAUAUGCAUCGUGUGUGGCUUACUAUAUGGGCGGAGCAUGGCCUGAUGCUUGGAUGUAUGGGCGCCUGGUAUCACGUUGAUGCUCACUACGCCAUUGCAUUUUAUGUGCAUUGCAUGGCUACUGAUAGUAUUUAGUUCUCGGACGGGAGUACCGUUCCGAGGGAGCCUAUGGCUCGGUUGUCGGGAGUACCGACGUGGAUACGGGUGACGGGAGUACCGCCCCGGGACAGUGCGCACAGGUUUGUUGAGGAUAUUGUUGCCUUCCAGGGCAGCGGCAGGUUGGUAUGGGACUUGGGUGCCAGGUGUCUUGUGUGGGCCCCAAGGACCGGUAUGUGCUUUCACUAUACUGCACUGUUGUGUUGUAGCGUCUCAUGACUUGUGUGUACUUGUGGGGCUGUGUUUGGGAUGGUCUCUUCUUUUAUUUAUAGCCUUUCAUUUCUUAUAAACUUGCUGAGUCUUGCGACUCACCUUGCUUUCCAUCAUUCCAGGUAAGGGUAAAGCAAAGGCCGAGGGCGAGGAUCGUUCCAUUUAGCAGCCGGCCGCGUUGGUAUCAUGGACGCACGACGUGGGCGAGGUCGUGGUAGACCGUCGGCACGAGGUAGAGGACACCUUGUCCCUACUCCGGAGGUUCAGGCUACAGGUGCGGGAGAGCAGAGACAGCCAGGACCACCAGAUAUGCAGGAGACAUUAGCGGGUAUUUUACGAGCCGUAGAUGUACUGGCAGCAUCUCAGUUGCGACAGGAGCGCAGACAUGAUGAUAGGACCGCUACGGCCCAGGCGUCGCAUUCAGGUACGUCGGGAACAGGGGACGGUUCAGGUGCUACAGUGCUUAGAGAUUUUAUGGCCCUGCGACCACCAGAGUUUAGUGGAGGCGCUGAUGCGACGGUGGCUGAGGAUUGGUUACUAGCGGUGGAGAAGCAUUUGAGAUCCAUAGACUGUGCAGAGGCCCACAGAGUUCGACUGGGGACUUUCUUGUUACGAGGUGACGCCGAGCGGUGGUGGGAGACCACCAGACAGAGAUAUGGCGAUGGAGGUCCGACAUGGGCACAGUUCGUCGAGGCGUUCAAUGAGACCUAUGUACCAGCUUGGAUCAGAGAGCAGAAGGUGUUUGAGUUCAUUGAGUUACAACAGGGCAGUAAGACAGUUACGCAGUAUGAGACUGAGUUCGUGGCAUUAUCUCGUUAUGCUCCUGAGUUAGUGACCCCUGAGUCGCGUCGAGUUAGCAAGUUUCAGAGGGGGUUACGACCAGAGAUCCGUCAUGCCAUGGCUGGUAUUGAGGCCCCUGACUUCCCUACGGCUGUUCAGCGAGCCCACGCGGUGGAGAGGGAUCGAUUGGAGGCCCGAGCAGAGCAGUUAGUCUUGAAGGGUGCAGGGAGCAGCAGUAAGAAGAGGAAGUGGGAUGCAGGCAGCCAGAGUUCGGGGUUUCCACAGUGCCGGCAGUGCGGGCAGAGACACCAGGGGCAGUGUCGGGAGGUACGUCGAGAUGUAUGUUAUCGCUGUGGUCAGCCGGGGCAUUUGAAGAGAGACUGUCCACAGGCGCCUAGACCGACUACACCAGCCCCACCAGCUACACCGGCCACAGGGCAGGAGAUUAUUUGUUUUCGCUGUGGACAGAGGGGCCACCGAGCGAACAGGUGCACCCAGCCAGCACAGAGUGGAGGGCCACGGACUGGAGGUGUGGGGCCCAGACCAGUUCAGAGACAGUCUGCACCUAGGGCGCAGGGUUCAAGAGCGCCAUUACCUCUUCCAGCAGCACAGCGCCCGGGACCUACAGAGAGAGUUCAGAUGCAGGGACAGGCAUUUGCAGUGUAUACUUACUCUCUAUGGCCAUGA